GACACCAAAAUGUGUGACCCAUCAGACUCUGUGCCUAAACCCGAAGGGCGACGUUUAGUUCUUCAGUCCGUGUGGCUCACACAGUCCGACAGGUCCCACGUGUUGGUGUCACACGUGGGACCCGCUGUCCUGGUUUUGUGGACCAGCCCUCAGCUUACAGUCAUGGGUAGAGAGAUGGUUCACCUGAACGUCGUGGCCAUUGGACACGUGGAUUCUGGGAAAUCGACCACAAUAGGUCACCUGAUCUACAAACUGGGAGGAAUCGACAAGGCGACAAUCGAGAAGUACGAGAAGGAGGCCCAGGAGAUGGGGAAGGGAUCCUUUAAGUACGCCUGGGUGAUGGACAAGCUGAAGUCGGAGCGUGAGCGGGGCAUCACCAUCGACAUCACGCUCCGGACGUUUGAGACUAACAAGUAUGCCGUCACCAUCAUCGACGCGCCAGGGCACCGUGACUUUAUCAAGAACAUGAUCACCGGAACCUCCCAGGCUGACUGUGCCGUGCUGAUCGUGUCGGCAGCGACUGGAGAGUUUGAGGCUGGAAUCUCUGAGAAGGGUCAGAUGCAUGAACACGCUCUGCUAGCUUACACGCUAGGAGUAAGAAAGAUGAUUGUAGGCAUCAACAAGAUGGACCUCAUCAACUACAGCGAGGGUCGCUUCAACGAGGUGAAGACGGAGGUCGUGAAGUCCAUCAAAAAGAUUGGAUACAACCCGAGCACUCUGCACUUCAUCCCGAUGAGUGGCUUUCAAGGAGACAACGUGAUCGAACCCUCAGAGAAGAUGCCAUGGUAUAAGGGUUCGAGAACUGACAUGGCAGGUGAUAGUUAUUCUGGAAAGAGUCUGCUUGAAGCUCUGGACUGCAUCUCCCCUCCUCGUCGACCCAUUGAGCGGCCUCUGAGGGUUCCUCUGCAGGACGUCUACAAGAUCGGAGGUGUUGGGAUGGUGCCAGUGGGUCGUGUGGAGAUGGGGGUCUUGAAGCCCGGCAUGGAGGUGACGUUUGCCCCUCAGAAUCUGAGCUCAGAGGUGAAGUCAGUGCAGAUGCACCACCAGUCUCUGCCCGAGGCUCUGGCCGGAGACAACGUCGGCUUCAGCAUCAAAGAUCUCUCCAUCAAAGACAUCAGACGAGGGAGCGUAGCUGGAGACAGCAACAACGAGCCGCCACGUGGAGUUGCCUCCUUCAUAGCUCAGGUGAUCGUGUUGAACCACCCUCGGUAUAUCCACGCUGGUUACACCCCGGUGAUAGACUGCCACACAGCCCACAUCGCCUGUAAAUUUGAGGAGCUUGUGGAGAAGGUGGACCGGCACACUGGGAGGGCUACAGAGAACAAUCCCCAAAAUAUCAAAAACGGAGACGCCGCCAACGUCCUGAUGACUCCCACCAAACCGAUGGUGGUGGAGACCUACACCGGGUGCCCCCCGCUGGGUCGGUUUGUGGUCCGCGACAUGAGGCAGACGGUGGCGAUCGGCGUGGUGAAGAGCGUCUUGAAUGGGGAGCCGCCGUCAAAGGUCACCAAGUCAAAGAAGAAGUGAUGUCACUUCCUAUCAGCCAUGUUUACUGCCUCAGACUACCAGCUGUCAAUCAAAAUAAUCAGUCAUUAAUAAAAGCUCAUGAGACUGCGA